GACUUUUGAUUGGUCGAAAUAGGGGCGUCCUUAGAACCAGAGCAACGGGUUGGGAUUUUAUAUUUUGGGGGUCAUUAUUUAUUAAAAACCUUUUAAACGUAGAAUUAAUUAACCGUUAUAAUGCCACGAAGAGCGCUGAGAUGUGUUGUGGAUUUAAAUAUUGAAAGGGUUUCCGCCCCAGGUGUCUGGCUGCCAAGCAAGGAGGACUGUUAUCUAAGUAUCAGUGUGUUUGGCCAGUACAGGAAUACAAGAAAUGUCACGUCCGUGUUUCCUUUCAUCUUCUAUGAGCCAUUUAGAUUCGAAAAGACUUACUACACAGCUUUAGACCCACAAGAUGUCGCCGAAUUUCUUGAAGAUGAGCUGGUUAUCAUUGAGUUACUUCAGUACUCAGACUACUCAGAUGGUGCUGUCCGUUUGGCCUCAUUCUCAACCAGUGCCAGGGAGUUCCUGUUCCCCUACCCCUCUCUCUGCCCCUCCUAUACAUCCUCAUGUCGCGAGGUCCUCCUGUCACGCACCAUCGCAUUCCCAGGUAUUUCUCCAAAGUUGGAGUUCACCACUGGGACUGUGAUCAAGGAAUCUCGUUCUCCAGAGCUUGACGCUCUUGAAGAUGCUUUGGAGGAGGAAAAGAUUGCAAGAAAGGCUCGAUCUCGCUCAAGGUCAAGAGGUCGUUCUGUUACAAGGUCAAGGUCACUGUCAAGGACAAGAACAUACAGCCCGGAAGGCUUGCAUAUCACAAUUACAUCAGGGGCGUAUUCUUCGGACUCCGAGGACAGCGAGGGUUACGACUCUGACCCAUCUUACAUGCGCCCUACCAUCUCUUCUAUUUUUCGUUCCAGGUCAAAAUCUGGGGUACGUAAUUCUUACGAUGAUGAAAAUUUGUCCGACGAGACUGGCAAAGCACCAUUUGUUGUCCGACAUCUGGACAAGAGCUUAAUUGGUCGCACACCUGGAGCUCCGCCUGCCAAGGGUCAGAAGGUCAAGAAGUCAUGUGGGAGGUCAAGGUCUAGGUCACGAUCCCGACCCUCAAGUGCCCUCAGCGGAUAUGUUAGUGACGAGCCUGUAUCCUACACCCCCAGGCAGUAUGUAAAAGAGGUGAUCAGAGAUGGUGACGAUGCCUUGCCUGUCUACAGCACCAAAUAUGUGUCUGACGAUGAUGAUGCGGAGGUUGAAGCCCUCACGUCGCCGACCUCAUACCUGCCCCCACCGAGGCCGCGCUCUGUGAGCCCCUACAUCUACAAGCCCAGCUACAGCACUCGGUUCUCCGGGCUCACUGCCUCAGAGAGGCUUGAGAUUGAGCUCGCCCUGGAGCGGGCACGGGCGAGAGCCAGGGCCCGGGCUAUCAUAGCCCGUAGCAGAAGCCCCUCUCCCGUCAGAUACACUCCAAUUCUUGACGGCACUAUAGACGAUCUGGCCUUAGAGACCAGCAUUGCGAAGAACCGGAGGUACUAUCCGAGAUAUUUACUUUAAAAGCUGGGUGCAUUUAGAUGCUGAACAAUACUGGACCCAACGCGCAGCUGAAUUAACAGGAACUUCUCACAGGGACGUUUUUAACAACAACAUGAAAACUCUUUAUUCUGGUCUUCUUAGAAAGGCGGAAAAACAACAUAAAAAAUCUCAAAGAAAAUGAAUAUUUAUUUUAUAGAUUUUUAUAUUUUGUAUGCUAGAUAUUUUAAAUAAAAUGGUUUUAUCUAUA